AUGGCAACGGGUAAUAAACAGCACAAGCACCAGUACGGAUACACUACGAAUGGGCAUCGUUUGAGUCUGUGCCAGGGUGCUAGGGUGAUCUCUGUGAGAGCGUGCUGCCAUUCCCAGGGGUGUUUCCGAACAACAAAACGUCGGCCAACGUUGACGGGAUGGGGUUUGUCCACAAAACGAGGUCCCAUUCGGCUUGGCCUGAUGUGCCGGUGUGACUGGCCAGCAGUGAGUGCUCACAGACAGGCGGUGGCAGGGGGGCCUGAAGAAGUCCCCGGAGCUAUUAAAGAUCGAAGGCCAUGCAGCCAUCACAUCCUUGUCCACACCCACCCAUGGCGCCUCGCAACCAGCGGUUCCCGCCAGGAAGGCCCCUUGAUGGGCAAUGCCACGUACACACAAGAGAUGACCUUUCCGGGCAGACAGACGAGAGCUUGGUAG